AUGUCUGCUUUAAUCUCACUUCUCCUCUGGAACACUCUGAGACGCUCAACCUGUUCUGAGAGAAGCCCGCUCCCAGCACCUGACCUCCUGCCACAAGACUACGCAGACGACCUGCCUGCCUGCUCAGCCAUCAUCAGAGGAGACCUGAAGGGCAUCGACAAGGAGCAGCUCAGAAGACUUCUGAAAACAAAGAAUAAGCCCAAGCUUCUGUCUGAGGCGUUCUACCACGACGUGACCCGAAACUGUAAAACGUACGUUACAGGCAGAGGGUUCGUCAUGAUGCCCCUGAGUGUGGAGGAGAGAGACUUCCCCAUUGCCUACUCCAUGGUGGUCCAUGAGAAGAUUGAGAUGUUUGAGCGACUCCUGCGUGCCGUGUACACACCUCAGAAUGUAUAUUGCGUGCAUGUGGACCAGAAAUCCUCAGAAGAAUUCAGGACUGCAGUAAAGGCUAUUGUGAAUUGUUUUACCAAUGUGUUUGUGGCAAGUAAGACAGAGAGUGUGGUUUACGCAUCGUGGUCUCGAGUGCAGGCAGAUCUAAACUGUAUGAAGGACCUGUUGAAGUCACCUGUCCAGUGGAGGUACCUGCUCAAUACCUGUGGAACAGAUUUCCCCAUUAAAACCAACGCAGAGAUGGUUCAGUCACUCAAACUGCUCAACGGGAGGAACAGCAUGGAGUCUGAGACCACCGUCGACUAUAAGAAACACCGGUGGCAGUAUCAGCACAAUAUAACCAAUAACAUAGUAGUCAGAACAGACGUUACGAAGAGCCCUCCUCCAAUCAGCACCCCCAUGUUUUCCGGAAAUGCCUAUUUCGUGGUCUCCAGGGACUUUGUCCAUCACGUGUUUGACAGCCAGGAGGUUCGGGCCCUGCUGGAGUGGGAGAGGGACACCUACAGUCCUGAUGAGCACCUGUGGGCCACUCUGCAGCGCAUGCCCUCAGUGCCAGGGUCUAACCCUCCUCACGUCAAGUACCAUGAAUCAGACAUGAACGCCAUCGCUCGCAUGGUAAAGUGGAGUUACCUGGAAGGAGAUGUGAGGAAAGGAGCCCCAUAUCCACCCUGCUCCGGUGCCUCCAGGAGAGCUGUGUGUGUCUACGGGGCUGGAGAUCUACGGUGGCUCCUACAACACCACCACCUCAUCGCUAACAAGUUUGACCCAGAGGUGGAUGAUGUAGCCGUUAGAUGUCUGGAGUCCUACCUUCGUUUCAAAGCAACAUAUGGUUCAUCUGGAAGUAUCGGGAAAAAGCUACGAAAUUAGAAAGGUUUGCACAUACCGUAAUGUACAUUUUUUUAUUUGUGUUUUGGUAUAAUUUUUAUGUGGUUGUUUUACCUAUGGAAUUGAA